CCUGUGAGCCCCCGUCAGCCCCGCCCGCGGCCACCUGCACCCCGACCACGGCCUCGGGGACCCCGGUGCGCAUCCCAGCCGGGGGCAGGCUCGAACUGGAGGACCACUAGGGUGUCAUGGGGGAGGAAAGAAGAGCUGCUGAGUUACAGAAAAAUAUGAUAUGGGACUUACUGACCUUUGAUGAUUUGGCUGUGGACUUUAGCCCAGAGGAGUGGACUUUGUUGGAUCUUGCUCAAAGAAAACUCUACAGAGAUGUGAUGCUGGAAACCUUCCAGAACCUGGCCUCCCUAGGUUUUGAGAUUCUAUUUAAAAGUAGUGAAUCAGUUGUUUUGCCUGAUAAUGACUAUGAAAAAGUAUCUAAUAAAGAGAAAGUCAUAACAUUAACCAGAAAUAGUUCCUGGUUCUCCAUUUUACAUGAAAACUGGGAGCACUGUGGUACUGAUGAGAUGAAUAAAAGCCUUGGGAGGCAUUUGAGAAGUCACAUUGUGGAGAAUACCUAUGAAUGUAAUGAAGAAAAUCAAAGUGAACAAAUUCCAAAUCUUCCUGUGCUAAACAGAACCACUGAAGUAAAAUCCUAUGAAUGUCAUGAAUGUGGAAAGGCCUUCCCAUGUCAUGCAUCCCUUAAGACUCACAUCCGGUCUCAUACUGGAAGCAAACCAUACCAGUGUCAGGAAUGUGGGAAAGCCUUCCAUUUUCUUGCUUAUUUUAAGAAGCAUAUGAAUACUCCCACUGAAGAGAAGCCCUAUGAAUGUAAGGAAUGUGUCAAGGUCUUCAGUUGUUCCUCAUUCUUCAGGGCUCAUAUGAAGAUUCACAGUGGAAAAGUAAGCUACAAAUGUGAGGAAUGUGGGAAAAGUUUCAGUACUUCUUCAUACCUCACAGAACAUAAAAGAAUUCACAGUGGAGAUAAGCCUUGUGAAUGUGAUGUGUGUGGAAAGGCCUUUAGUUGUCCUUCAUCACUCUCCCAACACAAAAGAAUUCAUAGUGGGGAUAAGCCAUAUGAAUGCAAGGAAUGUGGCAAGGCCUUUAGUUCUUCUUCUCACCUUAUAACACAUAUCAGAAUUCACACUGGAGAGAAGCCUUAUGAAUGCAAAGAGUGUGGGAAGGCCUUCAGUGAAUCCUCAAAACUCAGUCGACAUAUGAGAGCACAUACUGGAGAGAAACCUUAUAAAUGUAAGGAAUGUGGGAAAACCUACAAUUGCCCUUCCUCCUUGAGUAUCCACAUGAGAAAGCACACUGGAGAGAAACCCUAUGAAUGUCUAGAAUGUGGGAAAGCCUUCUAUCUUCCAACUUCUCUGUAUACACAUGUGAAAAAUCAGAGCAAAGAGAAACCAUAUGAGUGUAAGGAAUGUGGAAAGGCCUUCAGUUGUCCCUCAUCCUUUAAAGCACACGUGAGAGAUCAUGCCCGAGAGAUACAAUAUGAGUGUAAGGAGUGUGGGAAAGUCUUCAGUCGUUCCUCAUCCCUCACUGAACACUUGAGAACUCACAGUGGAGAAAAGCCUUAUCAGUGUAAGGAAUGUGGGAAAGCCUUUAUUAGUUCCUCUCAGCUUACAGUUCACAGGAGAACUCACACUGGAGAGAAGCCUUAUGAAUGUAAGAAGUGUGAGAAAUCCUUUAUGUAUUUCUCAGCCUUCAGCUUCCACAUGAGAAUGCAUACAGGAGAAAAACCAUAUGAAUGCAAGGAAUGUGGGAAGGCAUUUCGUCAUUCUUCAUACCUAACCAUCCAUGCAAGAAUGCACACUGGAGAAAAACCCUUUGAAUGUCUGGAAUGUGGGAAAGCCUUCAGCUGUCCCUCUUCUUUUCAAAGACACAUGAGAAGCCACACAGGAGAGAAACCAUACGAAUGUAAGGACUGUGGGAAAGCCUUUAUUUGUGCAGCCUACGUUCGAAGGCAUGUGAAAAUCCACACAAGAGGAAAACCAUGAAGGUUAAGAAUAUGGGAAUACCUGAAAAAUUUUUUUCUUUUUCUUUCUUCUUUUAAUGUAUUUGGUACAGGGUCUCACUAUACA